UUUUUUUUUAUCUGGAGGAUUUUCCGGUUGCUUUCCCGCCCCCUCCACGUUAAAUCCCGGGGAGCCAUUUUUUAAUUCCGCCGCCCCGGGUCCAGCUCAACCCCUGUAACGCCGGUGAUCUCGCAUGCCUGCGGGGGAGAGCGAAGCCUCCCGGAGACCCGCAGCAGCUUGUCUAUUGGCCAUAAAAAUCAGUGGAUGUGUGAAUGACACGAGGGGGAAAUGGGGCGUAAAAUUAAAGAAUUUUGCAGAAAGCGAGAACUGGAGAAGCAAUGCAAAGCAACCCCCCCCCCCCUCCCCCUUCAAAAAAACACACACACAAAUACUGUGCAUUCAUAGGCUACAGAAACGCACCUCCUAAAAGUGAAAUGUACCCAAACCUAAAACCUACCGCAGGAAGAAACCUGCAGAGAGUUGGGCAUUUUUAACCCCAGUAGCUGCAGAGAUGGGCGGCAGCAGCUUCAAGGCUUCAUGGUUUUUACCUAAGCGUUGCCGUUGCUGUCGCUGAUUUGUCACUUUUUUUUAUUUAUUUUAUUGUUCCAGGAUUUGUCUGAGCAGAGAGACAUGGCCAAACAACCGACUGGCGCUCCUGCGGGCUACAUCCCAAUGCAGCAGCAAGAAGGAGCGGCGGGACUUACAGCACACAAACCGGACAACACGGUGGCGUGCCAACCCCACGCCCCUCACCAUCACCCGGCGCCCCAGCCGCCGCCUCCGUGCAACGAGAGUAAAACUUUUUGUCCCACGGAAAAUAAACCGGGAGAACCGGACUCCAAUAAGGAGUAUGGGACGUUUAAAAGCACGCCGGCGCCUCCUGUCCCCGGAUCGGUGGCCAUCCACUCGGCCUUCGGUAAGGAUUCGUCCGGCGACCCGCUCAUGGGCGCCGCGGAACAAAACAACACCCCGGGCACCUGGACGGCUAUGAGCCAGACCACCAUCAUACUGGGAACAGAUGGGAACACGUCUGUUCAGCCCGGGACUGUAGCGGGGGCGGAUGACGAUGAUGAUGAUGAUGAGGGUGGUGAUGAGAAUAAGGCCAGAGGAAACUGGUCCAAUAAACUGGAUUUUAUUCUGUCCAUGGUUGGCUAUGCAGUCGGACUGGGAAAUGUGUGGAGGUUCCCUUAUCUUGCCUUCCAAAAUGGUGGAGGUGCUUUUUUGAUUCCCUAUCUGACAAUGUUGGGCAUCGCUGGGAUCCCAAUCUUUUUGAUGGAAGUGUCGCUGGGCCAAUUUGCCAGCCAGGGGCCCGUAUCGGUUUGGAAGUGCAUUCCCGCUCUUCAAGGUUGCGGGAUUGCCAUGUUGAUAAUAUCUGUCUUGAUAGCCAUAUACUAUAACAUUAUAAUGUGCUGGACACUGUACUACCUGUUCGCUUCGUUGAAGGGCUCACUGCCAUGGGCUAACUGUAGGAAUGAGUGGAACACGCUGGAAUGUAAGGACAAAGACAUGCUGCUGUUAGACUCCUGCAUCCUGCGGGACAAAAACACCUUUUCCAUCAAGAACUCCACCUUCUGUCUGUCCGCAAACACCAUGGGAAACCUGACAAGGCUGCUUAACAUGACAGUGGACAGCAACAAGACCUACGUCAGCCCUAGUGAGGAAUACUUCAAGUACAACGUGUUGCAUAUUUCCAAAGGGAUUGAGUACCCAGGGGACAUCCGCUGGCCUCUGGCAGGCUGCCUCCUCCUCGCCUGGCUCAUUGUCUACGCUUCUUUAGCCAAAGGAAUCAAGUCAUCAGGCAAAGUGGUUUAUUUCACAGCCACAUUUCCUUAUGUGGUGCUGGUCAUCCUUCUGAUCAGAGGAGUGACCCUCCCAGGUGCCGCCGACGGCAUUCUUUACUUCAUCACACCAAAAUGGGAAAAACUUAAUGAUGCAAAGGUGUGGAAAGAUGCUGCCACUCAGAUCUUCUUCUCUCUGUCAGCUGCAUGGGGAGGCCUCAUUACUCUCUCUUCCUACAAUAAGUUCCACAAUAACUGCUACAGGGACACCAUUAUAGUGACGUGUACCAACAGUGCGACCAGUAUAUUUGCUGGAUUUGUCAUCUUUUCUGUUAUUGGUUUCAUGGCUCAGGAACUGAAGGUGCCAAUAGAGAAGGUGGCAGAUGAGGGUCCAGGCAUAGCCUUUGUGGUGUAUCCUGAGGCUCUGACCAGACUUCCCCUGUCUCCUUUUUGGGCAAUCAUCUUCUUCCUCAUGCUCCUGACUCUUGGACUUGAUACCAUGUUUGCCACCAUCGAGACCAUCGUAACAUCCGUGUCGGACGAGUACCCCUUAUACUUGAGGAAACAUAAACCGGUCUUCACGCUGAUCUGCUGCCUCUGCUUCUUCAUCCUGGGCUUUCCCAUGAUAACGGAGAGCGGGAUGUACAUGCUCCAGUUGGUAGACACGUACGCAGCCUCCUAUUCUUUGGUCAUCAUUGCCAUCUUUGAGCUCACUGGGAUUUCCUACCUCUACGGUCUGCAGAGGUUCUGCGAGGACAUCGAAAUGAUGAUUGGUUUCCAGCCAAACCGAUUUUGGAGAGUGUGCUGGGCCUUUGUGACUCCGACAAUCCUGACGGGCAUCCUGGGACUCAGUCUGUACCAGUGGAAAGUGAUGACAUACGAGGACUACACAUACCCCACCUGGUCUAUGGUUAUGGGCUGGCUCAUGGUUAUUUGCUCAGUGAUCUGGAUCCCCAUCAUGUUUGCCAUUAAGAUGCACCUGGCCCCUGGCACCAUGGUCGAGCGUCUGAAGUUGGUCUGCUCCCCUCAGCCUGACUGGGGACCUUUCCUGAUGAAGCACCGUGGAAAUCGCUACAAGAACAUGAUGGACCCAUUAGGAACCAGCUCCCUGGGUCUCAAACUGCCCCCAAAGGACUUGCAGCUAGGUUCCUAUCAGUAGCAGCUGUUCUGGCAGCAACAUCUUCCAAUUUCUGCAGGGGGCACUGGGAUUGGGGUGGAUGCCUGAUUCCAGGCAGUUUUCUCCUCCACCUCUUCUUCUUCCUCCUCCUCUGUUUUUUCUCCUGCUUUGUACUCCACUCUGUUUGCAUCCCCCUUUGUCAUGGAAGUGGAAACUGGCUUUUCCUCUUCUUGUACUCCUUCACCACUUCCUGUCUUCUUUUAGGAAAGGGUGGCCGUCCAAGUGGAGUCUGCUCCUCCUGCUGCUACUCGGUACUUGGUUAACGGCCUAUCAUUGCCUCCCACACAUGACCACUGAUUACUCCACAGCCCCCUCCCAGGGAACUCAUUCUAAGAGAAAGAUUGUGUCAUAAAAUGACACAAGUCAGACUGCACUUGCAAUAUUAGACUCCCAAUAGCUGCUCCCUAAGGAGUUGUGUGUAUGUGUUGUGUAUGUGUGUGUGUGUGUGUUUGUGUGUGUGGCAUUACAUUUGUGUGUAGAGAUAAUGAAUCAUGUUGAUGGAACCAGACAGAAAAAAACAAAAAGAAGAUUAAACUCCAGAAAAAAAAGAGGUUCAAUAAGCUCGUAGGGAUCUUGGUUUUGGGUCCAUCUGUGUACAAAACUCCAUUUGAAAUAUAAAUACCGUCUCUUCAAAAAA